AUGCGUUUCUCCUCCGGUGCCAUCUUCUCGACCCUCGUCGCCUUCGCUGCGGCCUACACCCAGCCCGACUACUCAAAGCCCCCCUCGGGCAACGCUGUCCGCGCUCCCGGUCUGAACGAGCAGGUCCCCGAGGGCACUCCUUACGAGAUCAAGUGGGAUGCCGACAAAGGUGACCGUGUCUCCCUGGUUCUCCUGCGCGGCCCCUCCACCAACGUCGUGCCCCUCGAGACCAUUGUUGAGAACAUCCCCAACUCCGGCCACUACACCUGGACUCCCGGCUACAACCUGACCCCCGACACCACCCACUACGGUCUUCUGAUCGUCGUCGAGGGCACCGGCGCCUACCAGUGGUCUUCCCAGUUCGGUAUCUCCAAGGGCUCCGGCUCCGGCUCCUCUGGCUCAGGCUCCCACUCCACCGUCACCAUCGUUGACGAUGUGACCACCACCAUCUGCCCCGAGACCGAGACCGAGACUCCCGCUCCCACUUCCACCCCCGCCACCAUUGUGACCGUCAUCGACAAUGUGACCACCACCAUCUGCCCCGAGGAGGACCAGACCAGCACCCCCGCUGCCGUCCCGACCUCCACCGCCACCCCGGUCGUCACUCCCUCCUCCGUCGCUCCCGUGCAGUCCUCUUCGACCGUCUACGGCACCAUCGAGGUCACCACCACCAUCUGCCCCGAGGAGGCCAGCAGCACCGCCACCCCCGUUGCUCCCGUUGUCUCCAGCCAUGUGCCCCACGUUCCCUCCAGCAUCAGCACCCUGAAGAGCACCCCUCUUUCCUCCGCAGGCGCCACCGGUACCGCCUCGGCCACCCCUUCCUCCACCCCCGUCUUCAACGGUGCCGGCCGCACCUCCAUCAGCCUCGGCGCCGUCAUGGCCGGUGUCUUCGCUGUCAUGGCCUUCUAA